AUGACCUCCAGUAAAGACAUGAAGGCAGGCUCCGUGUUGCAGUCCAGCGGUGAGGAGAGGAGACGGGGUCCCUUGGACCAGCUUCCACCCCCGGCCAACUCAAACAAGCCUCUGACGCCGUUCAGUAUUGAGGAUAUCCUAAGCAAACCCUCGGUGAAGAAGUCAGUUGCAAAUCUCUGUCCGCCGAGAGUUAUGGAAAAAGUGUCCGGCUCAAAUGCAGCAAGGAACGGUAUUAGCACUCCCUCUUCGCCGUUAUGCGCUCUGGAGGAACUAGCCAGCAAAACAUUUAAAGGUCUGGAAGUCAGCGUUAUACAAGCAGCUGAAGGUCGUGAGCAUGUAAACGCCUUUGGACAGAGGCAGACCUCAAAAAAGAGGAGAAAGUCCCGGACAGCUUUCACCAACCAUCAGAUAUAUGAACUUGAGAAGCGCUUUUUGUACCAGAAAUACCUGUCUCCGGCCGAUCGAGACCAGAUAGCUCAGCAACUGGGGCUAACCAACGCUCAGGUCAUCACCUGGUUUCAGAACAGACGGGCCAAGCUCAAGAGAGACUUGGAAGAGAUGAAAGCAGACGUGGAGUCGCUCAAAAAAGUCCCACCACAAACCCUGCAAAAGCUAGUCAACAUGGAAGACAUUGACGACCUGCAAGGAAGCUCUGGAGCAAUAUCCCCUAGCAUCUCCCCGUCGUCACAAGGACACCGAGCAUUUCCUCAGUCCCCCUCCUCAUCCAGAGACCAAACCACGGACGAAUUCUCAGAGGAGGACGAAGAGAUUGAGGUGGACGAUUGA